UUACAAAAUUGCCCUCAUCAUCUUUUAGCCCCACGCAGCCAUUCAUCUUCAAACCCUACCACUCACACCCAAAAACUCUCUGAUUAGAAACUCCAUCAAAUCCAGUCGCCGCGGCGCUUGUAAAAGGCAACAUCACAGAGCUAGGGUUUUACGCACUCGGAGGGACGAUUCAGAGAUGGCGGCUCGCUUCUUCACCCGCUCUCUCAUCACUGCAAAGCACACAAUUUCUUCAGCUGUCUCUCGCUCCUACACCUCUCUUUCUCUAUCCACUCUGCCGACUUCCGUUUCCAGCGCUUCUAUCCUCCGCCUCCGGCCGCUCGUUGCCGUCUCCGCGCAUUUCCACCGCCUCUCUCCUGGGACGGCCACCAUCCGAGGUUACGCGACUCGUCAGUCGUCGUCAUCCCUCAACGAUCCGAACCCUAACUGGUCAAAUCGCCCGCCGAAGGAGACGAUACUUCUUGAUGGAUGCGAUUUCGAGCACUGGCUUAUUGUUAUGGAGAAGCCCGAGGGCGACCCCACGAGGGACGAGAUCAUCGAUAGUUACAUCAAAACCCUAGCUACGGUUGUCGGAAGUGAGGAGGAAGCAAGGAUGAAAAUCUAUUCAGUCUCAACUAGGCACUACUUUGCAUUUGGAGCCCUUGUGUCAGAAGAGCUUUCAUACAAAAUCAAAGAAUUGCCAAAGGUCCGUUGGGUGCUUCCUGAUUCUUACUUGGACGUUAAGAACAAAGAUUAUGGAGGGGAGCCUUUCAUUAAUGGGCAGGCUGUACCUUAUGACCCCAAGUACCAUGAGGAAUGGGUGAGAAACAAUGCUAGAGCAAAUGAAAGAAAUAGGCGCAAUGACAGACCUCGUAACUUUGAUAGAUCAAGAAACUUUGAAAGAAGAAGAGAGAAUGUGCAGAACCGAGAUUUUCAGAUGGCUAACCAAGGCAUGCAGAAUCCUGGAUCCAACAUGGGAGGUGCACCACCUGGCAACAUGGGAGGCAUGCAGCCAAAUAACAUGGGGCAAAUGCCUCCACCACCUAACAUGGGAGGCAUGCGGCCCAAUAACAUGGGAGGAGGACCACCACCCAACAUGGGAGGUGCGCCCAACAUGGGGGGAAUGCGACCCAAUAACAUGGGAGGAGGGCUGCCAAACAUGGGAGGCAUGCCACCCAGCAACAUGGGAGGAGGGGCACCGAACAUGGGAGGAAUGCCACCCAACAACAUGGGAGGAAUGCCAGGCAACAUGGGAGGAAUGCCACCCAACAACAUGGGAGGAAUGCCAGGCAACAUGGGAGGAAUGCCACCAAACAACAUGGGAGGAAUGCCACCUAACAACUUGGGAGGAAUGCCAGGCAAUGCACCAAAUUUCAGGUAUGGGGAUGGACCUAACAAUGGAGGCAUGCCACAACACAGGGAAAUGCCUCGUCCAGGGCAGAACAUGGGGUACCAGCCUAGCUAUGCUCCAAACUCAUCAGGGGGUAACCCGCACCAGACCCAGGAUAUGCCUAUUCCUCCACCCCCAAAAUAUCAAUAGGCACUGUGUAGAUAUAUAGUGGUGAUGCUUCUAUAUUAGGGCUUUUAGGAACUUACGAAUGAAGUUCUAGUGGAUGGUCAUGUCAGUUUUGUUUUAUUGACCCCUUAUUUGUGGCAAGAUUUUCAGUUGUUCCUCUUCC